AUGAAUCAACAACUGGCCAAACAAUUAUCCGAAGAAUUCACGGUUGGUCCAUAUUCAUUACUCCAACAAGCCGUCUUUAACAACACUCAAGUACUUAUCAGUUGCCGCAACAACAAGAAACUGCUUGGACGCGUUACAAUGUUCGAUCGUCACAUGAACAUGGUGAUAGAAAACGUCCGUGAAAUGUGGAUUGAACCUGGCCGUAAAGAUAAGGGACGCAAGUGUAAGAAAUCUAUCAACAGAGAUAGAUUUAUCUCCAAGAUGUUCCUUCGAGGUGACUCCGUUAUACUCGUAGUUUGUAAUGCUGUUAGCGUUUCAAAAUAA